AUAGAUACAAAGAAACCUUUGCCAAUUGCCAGCUCGAUUUUAGGCUGAGGCCACUGAGGGCAUUUUAUUGUUUUGAAGAUUAGUGACAAAUGGUAAAUAAAUCACAUAACCAAACCCCCUAAGUAAAGUAAGUAGGUGGAUAUGAAGCUGCUGCCAACAGAAACACAAUUUGUCUGUGCCAGUACCCUACUAGUUGCCAAAAGUACCUCUCUCAAUCCCAUACCAAAAUUACCUAAGUCAAGUCAAUAUCAUGGCAAAGAACCUUUGUAGAUCCUUGAGAGAUAUCAGCAACUUUGUAGUUACUUAAUAAUGAGUUGCUUUGUUUUACAGGAGGUAACUAAGAUAUUGAAUGCUGUUAUUUACCUGGCUUUUCUUCACCAAUAUUUGUUGCAUUUGGUUGGUAGCAAACCAGAUAUCCCAUCUCCCACAGAGUUUGUUCUAAUACUAUUAACAGUCAAUAAGGUACAAUAAUUACAAACAGAGUUUACACAAAAGUAAUAGUAAUAGAUAGAGGAGAUCCAAUGGCUACCGCUAAAGCUAAUCCUAGUCAUAAAACCAACUAUAACACUAGCAAUGUGACCUGAAAAUCCUAAUCUCUGGUCACUUGUUCUAUUUAGUUUUUAUUCUAGUUACCUAUUAAUUGAGUGCUGUUAUCUAGUUUUGAUUCCAGUAACUUGUUCUAUUUACUUUUGAUUUUAGAGGAGGUAAGAUAUUGAAUGUUGUUAUUUACCUGGCUUUUGUUCACCAAUAUUUGUUGUAUUUGGUAGCAAAGGAGAUCUCCCAUCUCCCACAGAGUUAUUUACCCUACUUCUGUUUUCCAGCAUCUCCAUUUCACUUUAUUUAUUGGUGUUCCUCUUUCAGGAAAUUAUCAGAAUUCUGCUUAUCAUGCCGGGCCAAGACAGGAUUAGUCAAUUGCCCAAUGGCCUUCGUUCUCAUAUCCUUUCCUUCCUGCCAAUCGAGGAUGCGGUAGCUACUAGCAUCCUUUCCAGAGAAUGGCACAACAUAUGGAUCCUAGUCUCUGUCAUUAACGUAUAUGACGACUCAAUACCAGUCGACGAAGAUCGAUUCUAUGCCAUUGUCAACUCAAUUCUGCGCCACCCGAUGGCUGCGCUUUCUCCACUUCACAAGUUCAUCCUCAAGUGCGACGAAUGGACCAGUCAUGCUGCAAUCAACAAUCUGAUUUGGGCCGCUCUUGACCGCCAAGUGAAGGAGCUGGACCUUUGCAUUGCUCAACAUGCCAUAGAGGGUAAAUUCCCACUGCCUGUGGAAGUAUAUAGAAACCAGCACCUCAAGGUUUUGAAAUUGAGCGGAGUGAGGGUUCACGAUGAUGAGCCACCAGGUUCUUUCCCACCAGGUUCUUUCCCGUCUUUGAAGAAUCUGCAAGUGGACAUCUCGAUCGGCUGUGACGAAUCCUUGCGAAAAUUCUACCACCACUGUCCUGUUCUUGAGGAGUUGAGAAUGGAAGGAGAAUUGGAUACAUUUCCUGAAGCAAAUUGUCAGUUUGAUGUCAGUUCAGAAAGUCUCAAAGCCCUCUACAUCAAGCUGCAGUCUAAUUAUGAUGUUCAGGAUGAUGACGACGAAGCAGAGAUAUAUACCUUUAAAAUUACAGCAAACAAUUUGGAGAGCCUAUUCAAUGACGAAGACGUAUUGGCAGAUUACGAAAUGGAAGAAAUGAUAUCCCUAGUUGAAGGCAAUAUUCAAAUUGGGUGGGAAGAUUACCAGUACGGCAUGGGUGGUAGAGAAUUCUUUGAUAAAGCUUUCAAGAUAAUGAGGGGAUUGACCCAUGCUAGGACCCUAACCCUGGGUGAGAGGACCACUGGGGCACUUGGAUAUGCUGUGCAUUUGAAUUAUGUACUUGAUCGUGAGGAAGAUGAUGAUGAAGAUGAGUUAAUGUGGGAUGAAGAUGUGCACACUUGGGAUGAGGACAAGGUUUGGGAACUCUGUAGGGAGAAAAUCCCGGAGUUCCAUCAUUUGAAAAUCUUGAAUCUUUCAAUGGGAAAUCGUUAUGGAUGGAAUCUUCUGCCAUACUUACUAGGGUUCUUUCCUAGGUUGGAGACGCUCCGUUUAGAAAUGGUUCAUGUAUACCGUGUGGAUCCAAACAAUAGAUUUGCGUGGAAUCCACCCCUAGAGAAACCAAGAUGUUUGAUGGAGACCAUCAUUAGGGUCGAGGUAAAGGGAUUUCGCAAUGAGGACGGAGAGGGGUGGCCAUUGAUAAACUAUCUGCAGGAAAUUUCUACUCACAUUCGAGAGUUCCAAAUCAUAGUAGAAUGA